CACUCCCUCCUACUCCUCCUCCUCCUGAGAAAGGGGGAGGUGUUUCCCUAUGGUCCUCAGUCUUAACACUUCACAGAGUGCUGAGACGGCACACUGAGCUCUGGAAGCUAGCUGUGACGGACAAAACCCACACACACACACUUAGCAUGGACAGCAAAGUCCUAGUGCUGGUGGCCCUGCUGACGCUCGCCAUAUGGAGCCCAGAGACUGACGCUAAACCCAUCAGUCUGGUGGAGAGGUGUUGGUGUCGGUCCACUCACAACACCGUCCCGCAGAGGAGCAUCCGUGAGAUUAAGUUCCUCCACACACCCAGCUGUCCUUUCCAAGUCAUUGCCAAGCUGAAGAACAACAGAGAGGUCUGCAUCAACCCCAAAACCAAAUGGCUGCAGCAGUAUCUAAAGAAUGCCAUUAGCAAAAUUAAGAAGAAGCGCUCAGAGUAAACAGCUGAGGAAGUGCAGGAGGACCGUGGUGCAUCUCUGACCUCCAAAGAGACACACGUCCUCUUCCCUCGCUCUCUUUGAUCACUCCUCCUCUUUCUGGACUGCUUGCACAAACAGCACUUCACCUAAACCUGCCUCUCAAGCAUCGACAGACAGACUUCAGCUCACCAAAACACAAGCCAACACCUUCCUCCUGACGCACUGCUACUGCUGGCUGUGAUCACUGACUGGUGCACGUGUGCGUGAAUGAAGCAACUGAAUGUGACCGCGACCGUUUGAAUGGGAAGGCAAGAGAGAUAUCUACAGGCUUUCCACAACUUAAAGGGCAGUAAAAAUGAGAGUUAGUGUCAUGGCUGUAAGGGAUGUCUAACCUUUAGGAUAGUUUGGGAUUAAUAAGGGACAUAAGCAAGUGAAAAUGAAGCAGAAAUUUAAAACUGCCCUGUUUAAGCUUUCACGUUUUGUUAUUUUGCUGCUCAUAACUUAGUAUUAGUGUUAAAAGCUCACCAGCACACAUGAAUGAUGCUAACAUGCUAACACUAGCCCUGUUCCAAAACCUAGAGAGCCACCUACAGAACAAAAAAAACUGGUGUAGAAACAAUUUUCAGUCAGAAAUUUCUAGUAAAUAUUACAUUAAAUUACAAAGAAAUGGCAGUUGAACAUGAAGUUUUGAAGCAGAAAACCUGAAAUAGUAUUUUCCUGUAAAACCUACUCCAAUAACCUUUCGAGAAAAAUUUACAGUGCGAAAAACAGCUAAUUAAACUGCCUUUUAAAAUGUAAGGAAGCAUCAGUUAUAUUUAAGAUGUAAAGCAAUCCCAGAAUGCAUUGCGAAAAGCUUCGUAAAAAGAUGGCGGAUUUGAAAUGUGAAUCAUGAAUAUACUUAAAUUUCAUUAAAUGCUAAAUAGAUAGUUAAACAUUGAUUAUUUUCGCAGUAUUUGUAUGUGUUUUUAUGCUAAAAGUCGCAAAUAAUUAUUACGCAAUAGACCUUAGUCAGAUUAGAUGCUAUAUGAAAAUCAAUGCAAAGGUUGUGAGGGAUAGACUUACGGUCUUUACAAUGUCAAACACUGUAUAAAGGUCCUAGAUCAUGUAAUUUUCGCAAACUCACAAAUUUUAAAACAGUUCUUGUCUACUAAACUUUUUUUUUUCGUAAAAACAUUUCGUGAGCUGAACAUUCAUUGUGUUGGUAAAUAACAGUGCAAUCCAUUGAAUGUGCUUUACUUCUAUCCCUCACAGCCUCGACUUCAUUCCUGCCAAAAAUUCAAUACCCCACAACCCUAAGGUCUAUAUUAGCUUAGCAACAUGCUAACGUCAAGCUGUUUGGAAUCCAUUUUUGGUGGAGGAUUUCAAAUCAUUGAAUUACGAAGUUUAAUAACAACUAUGGUGCUGACUUAGAAGACAGUGGAAAGUAGUGCACUUAGCAGCGCACUAUGUAGGCAGCAGAAAGCAAGGUUUUGGUAUAGAGACAGGUUUGACACAGGGCUGCUACUACAGGAAGCAGAAUCCCAGUUUCCUGUCUUCUACUUCCUCUCUGCUACCUGUGUGUAGCAAAUGCCAAUCACUGAAAUUCAAGAAAUAUGCCGUUUAAAGCAGAUAUGAUGUAUGUAUAAAGCAGGUAUCAUUAAUGCAAUCAUGCCACAGCAGCUUAAAACUUCUGCUCAUGUGUAUAGAGCAACAUACCAUGACUCAGGCCUAAAUUAACAUAAUUUGCAUACAGAUCAUGUGUCUUACUGGUUGUGAUUUGGAUCCAGCAAAAACAACCAACAUGUAAAUAUUCUCCAGCACUAAAUGGCUGUCAGUAAAUGGGUUGAACAGGGACCAAAACUGAAAAAUGCAAGCUAUUUGUAGGCUAAAUUAAUAUUACUUUAUGUAUUCCAUAUGUAUCUUUUUCUUGUUUUUGCCACAGAUUUAAGGGAUGUGACUGUGAUUUUGGUUUUCGUGACAUUAACACAUUUACCUAACACACGUUGUUUCCGUUCUGAUAGUGUUUUAACGCAAAUGCCAAUUGCUGUAAUGUUUUUGAGCCACUUUAAAAAUAUAAGGAGUUUGUAAUGUAAUGAUUUAUUUUUGUAUUUUGUAUUGAUCAAUAUGAAUAAAGACACAACAGUACAAUA